AUAUAAUAUUUUGUUUGGGUGCAGUUGCCAAAUCGGUGGUGCAAAAAUACCGGAAAAUGACCGACACUGUGGUAGUGAAGAAGUUAUCGGAGCUUCUUGUCAAGGAUUUGAGAGCCGAACUAGAAAAGAGAGGUCUUGACCAUAAAGGUGUUAAAGCUGUUCUUUUGGAAAGGCUGCAAGAGGCUUUGGUGGAGAAUGGAGAAGAUCCUGAAAACUUAAUGUUUGAAAGUUGCGUUUCACCUAAAGUCAAGACUACAAGGGAGGAGACUCAAAUCGGAGAGGCUGAUGAUGAGGACGAUGCUUUUGAUGAUGUUGGCGAGGAAGGAGGAGAGGUGAAGAUUCUGGAAGAAGAAGAUAACGAAAUUGUCAUGGAACUCAUUGAAGAUUCUGACGAAGCCAAUCCAGAGGAAGAGGACAUUUAUGGCGAUUUAGUUCAUGACAUUCAGGAGGACUUGGAUGGAGAGAACGAAGAAGAUGUCUUUAAUUUGAGCCUGGAGAAUGAACAAAUGGUUACUAAUGAGGAGGAAGAGGAGGAUCCAGAAGAUGUUGAAGAGGACAUCGAGGAAGACGGUGUAGAAGGUGCAGAAGCAAUCACAGAGGAGGAUGUGGCUCAUCCCGCUUCUGCCACCAAUGAUAAAGAUGAAGAUGAGGUUGAAUUUGCCAACGACGCCCAGAUCUCAGACAAAGAAGGCAAGGCUGGAGACCAGUCACCGGAGAAGCGGACAACCCAGGCUGCGGGUCAGAAGAGUCAUGGGGAGAGAGCGGACAAAAGCAAAGGGGAGAACUCUGAUAAAAACUUGAAAAGCUCAACCAAAGAAUCUAAAGUAAAUGAGGCAAAACCUGACCCAACUGGUAAAAAUAAUAGAGAAUCAUCAUCUGAGAAGAAAGCGACCCCCGCCUCAGGAUCUGAGACUGCACCCACUAAAAGCUCCACUUCUGCCAGUACGGCUCAAUCAAGAGAUAGCAAAGACUCUAAGGGAAGCAAGAAGUCAUCUUCCACUAAUAGCAACUUGUGGGUGAGCGGACUGUCUAAAGAAACACGUGCUGCUGAUCUGAAGUCUGCUUUCAGCAAAUAUGGAAAGGUGAUUGGAGCCAAGAUAAUAUGGAAUGCCAAACUUCCAGGCCACCAUUGCUUCGGUUUCCUGUCUAUGUCGUCAAACCCUGAGGCAGCUAAUGCCCUCAAGCAACUAAACCACACUGUUUUACAUGGACGCACCAUUGAUGUUACGUGGGCUCGUAACCAAACACCAACCCCUCUCAACCAGAAAUCCUCUUCAACUUCAUCGUCUUCAUCAGCCACUCCUGCAACGGCCAAGAAGGAAACGAAAGAGACACCAGUCACAGACGGCAACAAGCCAGUGCCAAAACCAGUUGCAAAGGACACCAAGGACACUUCAGAGAAGAACGAUGAGAAAGCAACCCCAGCCAAGGUUGAGAAGACCGUGACGAAGAAGGACGAUACACCUGGCAAAAAAGAAGAGGGUAAAAGCGAUAGAAGCUCCUCGUCUAACUCCAGCAGUCAAGGAAAGAAUGCAAAGCAACCUUUGAGUAACAAAGAUUCCACUAAAAAGACUGAAACCCCACCGGAGAGGAAAGAUUCGCAUCGAGCUAGCUCUCGAUCAGACAAUGAAAGAUCAAAAAGUGUCCUUUCUUUGGAUGAAAUCAAAGAAAAGCAGAGGAGGGAAGAGAACAGGAAGAGAAAAGAAAGAGAAAUGAGGGCAGAUGAUCGACGCCGAGAUCGAGAGAGGGAGGAGAGAUACAAGAGGGAGAGAGAUGAUAUCCAACGAAAGUUUCGUGAAGAGGCAAGAAAAUUGCGCAAGGAGAAGGAGCUACUGCAGAUUGAGCAAUCCAAACUGGACAAGGAAAAAUCAGAGAGGAUCAGGAUUGAGAAGGAGCGCAUCAAGUUGCAAAACGAUCGGGAGAAAUUCCAGAAGGAGCUUGAAGAGCAUCGUAAGAUGGAGGUACAGCUUAGGCAAGAGCAAGAGCAACAGGCGACCCUCAAACGCACUUUGGAGACCUCAGUAUUGGCACAGCAAGAUUUAGGUUCCUACGGCGGCGACCACAAGCGUCGAGCCAUGAUGCCUGAUCCAUUGGCAGGAAACUUCAGUACUUCUCCAACGGAUACCAGAUUGGUGGUCAGUGUUGGGGAUCGUCAUGUUGAGAAGUACAAUCAGAGAGACAAUCUUCAAGUGGGGGCCUUGGCCACUAUAGGCCAGAAUAUGAUGAAACAGUUAGGGUUUGUUGGCACUCCGCAGGAUUUAGGUCAGACAGCAUUCGGUAGUGCUCAGCAUGAUUCCAGUUCCAGAGGCCAGUUCAGAGACGGCUCCAGCCAGCGUCGCAAUGACAGGCCACCUAAUGAUGAAACUCGACGAUUUGACUCGGAUAGGAUAGAGGAUGUUAGAAGCAACUCCCGUCAGAAGUCUAUCAACAGAAAUGAUGAUGCAACAAGACGGGAUGAAGGGUCUCGGAGAAGAGGAGAUAACUACAGGAGGGACGAUGGAUAUAAGAGGAUAGAUGAGCCGGCAAGAAGACUGGAGUCAUCUCAGAGUUCGGUCAGCAGACAAGACUCCAGUAGAAGGGAUCUGGAUAGGAAUGAACGAAAGACCUCAUCUGGAAAUCAAAGUGAUCGAUACCAAGGGUCUACAAGGGGAGGUGAUAGCUCUUUCUCGCAGAGGGAAAACCGAGAUUAUAGAGACAACCGAGAUAAACCAAGGGAUGCAGGCUCUAUUAGGAUUUCUUCACACAGUGGCGACUCUCGUGAUAGCUGGAAAGGAGGUCAUGGCGGAGUUACAACUGGAACCUCUGGGAGUGGCUGGAAGGCAAACGCAGGAGUUGGAGACAACCAGAAUCUGAACCGUAAUCAAACCACAAACCAGUUUGGGUCUUUCCAGCAGCAACAGCAGCAGAAAACAGGGUUCCAAGCGCAGACCGCUUUGCAGACAUCCAUAUCGAAUACCAUUCCCAACAUGAGAAGCACUUCUAUCUUAAGCAGAGGGGACUUCUUGAUGAAUCAGCAGCAAGAGCCGCAGCAGAUCAGAGGAAGUAUUCUCGGGACCCCACCAUCGCAGGAGUCAGCUAGCUGGCCACCGAGUAACCUAGACCCUCCAAUGAGCCGUGGGUCUGGUUCCUUGAAUAUGUCUGCAGCAGCUCCAAUCAUUUCCACCCUGAUGAAUCAGAGCCAGCCUUUGGGGUCAUUAAUGACCAACCCCUCGAUGACCACUCAGCUCUUGAGUGGAGGUCUUGUGUCUGGGGGAAGCACAGGGGGUCUGAUGGGUAACAUGAGCACCUCCUUAAUGGGUAGUGUCAGUGGUGGUCUGGGAACAGUUAGUGGUGGUCUUGGUAGAGCCAGUACCGGUCUUGGUGGAGUCGGUGCUGGUCUUGGUGGAGUCAGUGGAGGUCUUGGAGGGGGUCUUGGAGGAGGUCUUGGUGGAGGUCUUGGAGGAGGUCUUGGAGGAGGUCUUGGAGGAGGUCUUGGAGGAGGUCUUGGUGGAGGCUUGGGAGGGAGUAUGGGGAUGGUUCCACAGGUGGGCAUGGGAACCAGCAGCUUCAUGGGGACACAGAUGCAGACAGGUGGAGCUGGCGGUAACGUUGGGAUGGAUCGAUUCCAACCGAUGCAGCCUGAAAACCGGUUCAACCAGCGUCGUUAUUGAAAAUCCUGUAAGUGUUAAUCAUGUCAAACCUCAAACCUUGCCUUUGUGUUAUGGACCAUGCAUUUCUGGAUAAACAUGUACCCAGAUGUUGCCGUCCUAAACAUGUUCCUGUCCUUUAUUUUGAGAAAUGCAAGUAAAGAUUUUAAAGUGCUCUACUUGAAUUUAUGAGCAGAGCUCUUUGCACUCCUCAGAACCAAACAUCACAUAGUAUUAGUCUAAAAAGUGAUUCGUAUGCACAUUGCAGGAUAAAAUUGCGGACUAGCUAUGUUUGUGUUUCACAAUCAAAGCAAAGUAACGUUAUUUGCUUUAAAUUUCUUUGUUAGUUAAUUGUUUCCCAGAUUAAAAAAGAAGACUUAGAAUUUUAAGGAGUGCCCUGUUUGUAAUCCAAGGACAGAGGAAAAUGAUGGCACUCGCUCCCCCUAAAAAUAAAGAUCAGUUCUAGUGAAAAAUCUUCACACUGGUGUGGGAAGUUAAAAUAGUUGUUUAAGCAGCCACGUCGCCUCCGGAUAGGAUGCUUUAGGCUUUAGAACGCAUUUGUUAUGAAAUAAAUAUGAAAAGUAGGGUGUAAUGAUUUACAUCAAUAUCCCUUGAAAUUAUGUGGUUUUUGUGUAAUUUCAGUCCCCUAGUUUAUAGAAUCAAAUUUGUGACUUGACAAAAUGGCAGACCGUAUGUUUUUAUUUCCAGAGGCAAUUUCUGUUGAGAGAAAUGAAGGCAACGAGCCCCUGUAACCUUCUCUAUCAGCUCUGUAGGCUUAAAGAGUUUGGGCCAAUUAGGUGGACCUGCUGCAGCCAACAAAUUACAGCUGCCAAAGCCCAACAAAUUACAUCUGCUAAGCAAAAUGUUCUUUGUAAAUUUGUUUAGAUGAUUUGUUUCAAAAUCGUCUGCUUUUCUAUGUACAUUUGUUCGUCGUGAGAAUUCGUCAUAGAAAGAUAGUGCAGAAUCCCAUGUAGAUAAUGAAGUACAUGGAUUUUCCAAGUGUUUGGAAUAUUGUUUUUAUUACUAACAAAUAGUUUGAUGUGAACCAGGUUUUUUUUGCUAAUGCAGUUUUGUUUUUCUAUCUUUACUGACACAGAAGCACUUGGUUUGUGUGCGUAGAGCUAGAAAUGUAACUGCAUUUACAUAGCUGAUUUACAGUACCAUACUGGUGCAAACCAACUUACCAUUUCUUUUAUGUUUUCUAACUCCAUUGCCAUUUGGGUUACAUUAUCGUGGAAGGUAUAGACCAGAUCAUGGUUUCAAACAUUCUUUUUGUAAAGGGCUAGCUAGUUUUAAAACUCGUUUCCAAUAAUGAAAUUGGUUAACAGGCAUGCAUUUUUCUCUCAAAUCAGCUGAUUUCCUCUUUUUUUAAUCUCAGUUUUUAUUAACCAAAAGUGAAAAAUACUAUACAAAAUCAUUGAAAUUUUGUAAUCUCCUUAUUUGUAUGUUAAGUUCCAAUGGAAAUGUCAAAAACAAUUUUAAUGCUUAUCAUCUUUUUUUUCAUCUAUUGUUUUUUGUUAAAUUUACUUGCCGUAUUGUGAAAUAUUUUUUAAAAACAAUAGUGUUUAGUAUCAACAUAAAUAAAAAAGUAAUUAUGUUCUUUGAUCAGAAACUUAUUUGGUAUAAAACUUGCCUGUUUUCCGGUUUAUGAUGAGUUCAGUUAUUGUUUCACAUAUGGGCUUGAUUUGAUAGAGCACUAUUGAUCUGAAGAUGACCAACCUCUCCCCAUUACUCAUUUCCAAGUAAGGUUUUAUGCUGAUAAUUGUUUGGAGUAAUUACCAAUAGUGUCCACUGCCUUUAACAAUUGGUAAAGGGAGAAAUACAUCAUUGGUUUUUGGAAUAGCACGUCAAAUUCAAUCUGCUAGUUUUCCUUGUCAAAUUUCCUAGGAAGAAUUUAUUUGGAAUACACAAUCUGAGAAACUUUUCAUGCAGAAACUUUUCUCAGAUUUGAAUUUUUUUUUAAUUCCUCUUUCUAAACCCACAUUUCUUUCAAAGGAAUGUUUUCUUAAAGUGUAACAUUGUCAACAGCUAGUGUUUCCUAAGAAGGGAGUGUUUUUUGUUGGUCAUUGAAUGUUGCGGUAAUUAUUAAAGUAUAGUCGUUUCCAAUCAAUGGGAGACUUUCAGGACGCUAGGUGGCAGCAGACUUACCAGGUAAAUUUCCAUUGUUUACGUCGUUCUGAG